AUGGCAGCCUCACCCAGCUCGGUCGCCGCCCCGUCGGAAAUCGACCAGCCGAGCUCUCCGGUCGCGCCGGACGGCAGCAAGUCUUUUGUCUCGCGCGCCGGCAGUGAUGAUGAAGAUGGAGGCGACGACACGCAGAUGACGGAGAAGCCCAGCCGCAAGGGAGGUCGGGCCUCGCACCGCGACGCCAACGUGCAACAAAUCGGCAAGAUUCGUCAUCUCAAAAAGGACGACGGCGAGCCCCUGUGGCGCUAUGAUAUUCAAUACGACUUCCUCAAGGCCGUGUUUGACAACGAGGCCAAGGUCUUUACCAACUCGUACGAUCCGCAGGGCAUCGGCAAACAGAACUUUGCCGACCUUUACAUUGAUACCAUGGCGCGCAGCAGCAAGACCAGCAAGGUUCUGCGCGACAAGUUGUUGAAUGAUAGAGAGGCGGCCAAGGGCAUGGCCAUGGUCUGUCUCCUGGUGAAUGUUGGCAGGAUGAAUACGACGCUCAACUUCUUUCCCGAGAUGAGGGCUCAGCUUCGAACAUAUCAUGCCAUUCCCUCCCUCCAAGCGAACCAAGACGCGCACGCAUACAAGCAACUUCAGGACGCCCCUCGUUUGAAAUCAAUCCUAAAGGGUGGCGCUGAAGACCGACAGGAGCCAAGCACGUUGCAAAAACUCAAGGAAAUGCAGACGGCACCGCGAACAAACCCUGUCAAUCUGAUCUUCAUCAUGUGCGCGGCCGCGAAGAAGGUGGCCGACCUACACUUCCCCGACGGCAACGAGUUCCACGACCUCAUCAUGAAGACACAAUACAGCAGCUCAUCGCGAGCCAUAGCCUUUUUGUGGCUCAUGUGGUUCCACCUCGAAUCUGACUUCACGGAAGAGGGAUGCGAGGAGAACCCGUUUGGCAGCGGCGUUGACUAUGAUGUUGGUGUCGCAAACCAAGGUGUUCCCCGUCUAGAAAUUAUGACGGAAGAAGAAAAGGCUCUCGAAAAUGUGGACACGCAGACUGAAAAGGACUUUGGCGCCGAGAAGCAGCGCACCAGAGCCCGGAUCCUGGAGAUGGAUCAGGCAUUUAUGAACGACAGAGACGCGAAACGCGGCAAAGCAAGAGUAACGAUCAACGAAGACGGCCCUGCCAUCCUGCCGCGCAUACGUCCGUCCAAGCACGAGUCAGACAUGGAUAGCACCCGGUCUACGCCACCUCCACGCGGCGGCAGGGCUGGCGGCGCUGCCAGAAGAAGCGCAGGCCUCAAGUACCAGAUCUUCGAAGGGUCCUCCCCGGCACGCCAGGGCUCUGAAGGUGUCAUCUCGCGCAAGCCGCGCCCGCCCACCGCACACCAACUAGCCGUCGAGCGCAACCGAAGCCAGCGCGUUGAGUACAUUCUAGACAAGGGCCUCCGCCGAGAGCAGCGCAAGAGCCGCAAGUUGCGCCGCCGCGAAGGCGCCAUUAUCCGAGCGUACAAGCGCGUGCGGGCCGCAGACCAAGCAGGCGAGAACAACAGCGACAGCGAUACCGAGGCACCCAUGAACCUAGGCCCUCAUUCCAAGGUGUUUCGCGAAUCGGGCAUGGGCGGUCUGUGCCUGCUAAUAAACGAGCACGACGAUUAUGGCGAGGCGAUCCACACGUACGCGGCCGCGUUCCGACGCUCCCACCGGAGGUUGGUCCGCUGGCUGGGCACCGAACAGGGGGUUGUGGCGCCAGUCAAGAUGUUCAAGGCCAACGGGGUGGACAAGGCCGAGGACGAGGACGAUAUGAAUGGCUUCGACUACGCCAACGGCGACGACGGCAUGGAUGACAUGGACAUGGACAUGGACGACGGUGAUGGCGACGGCGAUGGCGAUGGUGAUGGCGAUGGCGACAUGGACGAGACUGCUCUCGGCGACGGAGCGGAGCAGACCAUUCUGGGAGACGACGAAGGGGACCGCACAGAAAUGAUGAUGGGCGACUCGGACAUGGAGUAA